AGCGUGUGGUUUGGUGCUGAGCGUCGGCUGACAUGUCUGCCUUGUUUUCCUGCAGAUAGAUGCUAUCUCUCCUUGGACUGGGAACCAGAAAUGAAGAGGAAGUACUUCAAUGAAUCGGUGGCUGAGGAUUUCAAUAAGCACGAGAGUAUGGAGUACAAACCUCAGAAAAAGAGCUUCUUCAAGCUGAAGGACUGUAUCAAGCUCUUCACCACCAAAGAGAAGCUGGGAGCAGACGACCCAUGGUACUGUCCCAACUGCAAGCAGCACCAGCAGGCCACGAAGAAGCUGGAUCUGUGGUGUCUGCCGCCGGUGCUGGUGUUCCAUCUCAAGCGGUUCUCCUACAGCCGCUACAUGAGGGACAAGCUGGACUCGCUGGUGGACUUCCCGCUGCGGGAUCUGGAUAUGACGGAGUUCCUCAUCAACCCCAACGAUGGGCCCUGCCGCUACGACCUCAUUGCGGUGUCCAACCACUACGGGGGCAUAGGAGGAGGACACUAUACUGCCUAUGCCAAGAACAAGGAAGAUCAGAAGUGGUACAACUUCGACGACAGCAGUGUGUCUCCAGCCAGCGAGGAGCAGAUCGUGUCCAAAGCAGCGUAUGUGCUCUUCUACCAGCGGCAGGACACGGUCAAAGGCACGGGCUACUUCUCCCUGGACCGCGAGGCUCCCGACAAGACGGACGCGCCACGAGACGACAGCGCCGCGGCUCAGAGCGAGGAGGAAUACCUCAACUACAACGAGCCGGAGGAGGAAGAGCUCGGGCCCACCCGCGACGUGUCCAUGAGCACCAACUGAGGAGGAGAAGCGCUCCCCCAAGCCAUAUCUGCACCCGACGGCGACGCGAAUGUACAGCCGGGAGCCGCCGGAACGGCGUGAGGAAGAGCUGGGAGCGCAGCAGUGUGACGCGCCUCUGCUCCGAGUGUCUAGAAGAGAUUUUGCUUGUGUGAUCCUGUAUAUAACACUAAACAGAGGACUCUGGCUGGUCGUGUCCUGCUCAGGCACUCGCUCGUUUGGCGUGUCUGUGGCAGCGGGAGAGAGACCAGUCUUGAUCUUAGCCUUAUCCAUCCUCUCGGCCUUUCUUCGCACAAGUCUCCCUGAGCUCCUCUCACUGACGGAGCGCCGGCUCUGCCUCUGGUUUAAUGAAUGUUCUGGGUCGGCCCGACGUCGCCUCUGUAAACACUGUACAUAAGAGUUCACUCUGUGAGUGCACAUUUGAUAACUCUAUUUAUUUACGUGGACGGCAGGAGUGUGUCCAUGUGUCGAUCUGAUGCUAAUGCAGUGUAGUUGUAGCUCAUUCAGGUUAUAUUAACAUACACAUACACAUACAUAUUUUAUAUUUAUACUUGUCUCUGUCACAUGACUGUACCGUUUCACUGACGUGACUCACAUUCAUCAUAGUUCAUGUGCUCCUGAGGAAACAAACCCAUGGUCUUGUGUUCAUCCCUUUCUUAACCAUUUUUUAGGGAUAAUUCACCCCAAAAUGAAAAUUCAGUCAUCAUUUACUGUAGUUUAGUAUGCUUUAUUAAAGGGCAAACCCAAUACAUGCAGAGAAGAAGCAGAGGAAGAUGUUUACUAUCAGAUACAUGAUUGCACAGACACAGACACUAUUUAAACUGAACAGAGAUGACAUAACUGAAUUCAAUGAUGAACUGCCUUUAAUUAUCAUUUUGCAUUAUUGAGACACUGUUUUCCAAAUUAAUGUUGUUCAGUGCUUUGACGCAAUGUAUUUGGUUUAAAGCACUAUAUAAAUAAUGGUGAUUGAUUCAUUGA